AUGUCGAAAGCUGGUGGUAGCACGACGGGAAAGCUCGAGGAAAUACGAGCAACGGCUGCAGGAGCGUCGGAUUCGGAUGCAGGGACAGCCACACUUCCACCCGCAUCCCAAGAAAGUCAAAGCCACGAGAGUUCAGUGGGCGGAACACAUGUUGCUGGUGCUGGGCAGGUGUCUCAUGAGACAUCAUCAGUCAAUACUGUUGUAGACCUGCCACCUGUACCAGCAAUCCCACCAGCGUAUAAUAAUCCGGUCACGAGCGCAGGGCGAAAUCAGGCGCCGGGUAUAUUGGAUCGGCGGAAAAGUACCAAGUUGAUCAACAAAGCUACGAAGAGUCGAGGCCAACUUUCUCUACCAGGCUCUACACCACCGCCAACCAUCAUAUUCAGCAUGGCCAAUGUGGAACCAGAGAUGCGGCCGAGGGAUGGUGACAUGACACCAGGUCAAGAGUCAGAAGGCUUCGAGAGUGCGUCGGAAAGUACACCAAGGGCUGUAUCGUCAGCACCUCCUGUUGAAGGUACUGGUUUGGCGAUCGACGGUGUCAGUCAGAAGACACAAAGUAUUGUCGAAGAAACAGGACGCAGCAAUGAUGAGGAGCCGAGGGUUGCACAUUCACGCCAGACGACCAUCGACAUCACACCAAGCCUAGGAGUACCCCUGUCUGCCACACAGUCCCGUGACCGAAGUGUAUCGCCCUCGAAACGACCAACACAAAUCAUGCAGGGUCUCUCCGGCGACUUCGCUAUCAACGCACCUCCUCCACCAUCCACAGCAGAUCGUGUGCAUGCUCUCGAGACACGGCAAAACGGUGAUGGGAUCAAUGGAACAUCUCCCAGACCUACCGAAGGUUUCGCACGCAAAGCAUCAAAUGGGUUGUCUGGAUUGCUUGGCAGAAUGGGCAGUAUUAGGAGGCCUGCGCGAUCACCGCCAGCACGGCCAGAGAGCAAGUUCAGACAUGAGAGGGCAAACACAAGCAGUUCCAUGGCAUCUCUGAAUGGGUCUGUGAAUGGUCUAGCAUCUAUUGCUGAUAUGCCGGAUGGUAAUUCGCCAAAGCCUAGCUUACAGGACCAAUUUGCAGACCUGAGGAGGCAGGAGGAGCACGCCAUGAAUGGUGUGAACGGCCACGCGACAGAUGACGUGGCACCGCAAUCACCACGCAAACAUAGUGAUGCGGGUAUUUUGUCAAAAGUCAGCGAGGAAGGUUCGAUGGCGGUACCUGUCAAACUGGAAAGAGCCGCAUCAAACCCGGGUCCACUCAAAUCACCACCGCUCGAUCCGAAUUUACCACCUGGUACAGCUACAGGCAUGACUGCAGGACCUGCAGAUGAGCCGCGACCAGUGAAUUGGGAUCUGUGGCAGUCCGUUGUCUACGAAGGACCUGCUGCGGUGCGGAGAACAAGUGGCGAAGAGCUCCAGCUUUCGAUCGCAUCUGGGAUACCUCCAGCUAUUCGUGGCGUUGUAUGGCAAGUCCUGGCCGAGAGCAAGAAUGAAGAUCUGGAGGCGGUAUAUCGCACCUUGAAGGCUAGAGGCACAGAUGUGGACCGACCCGUGCCUGCAUCACGAACCGAGUCGCAAUCGAAUCUAGGCAAUGGCGUGCCGCUUGACAAGGAUUCCGUAGCAUCUUCGCGAUCAAGUACACACUCGACCGAAUCGACACCGGCGACAUCAGCCAUGGCCAGCCCACCAAUGUCUGUCGAAGGCAAUCCGAUGGACACACAAGGCAAACUUCUGGCAGAGAAGCAAAAGCGAGAAGCCGCUGCUCUAACGAAACUGGAAAAGGCCAUCAAGCGAGACAUGGGAUCGAGGACGUCUUUUAGCAAAUACACUCAAUCUGCAGGCUUGCAAGAUGGUCUGUUCGGAGUAUGCAAGGCCUAUGCUAUAUUCGACGAAGGCGUGGGCUAUGCACAGGGGAUCAAUUUCAUUGCCAUGCCUCUGCUGUUCAACUUGAGCGAGGAAGAGUCGUUCACGUUACUGGUCAAGCUCAUGAGCAAGUACGACCUACGGAGUAUGUUCACACCUGAUAUGAACGGUCUCCAUCUGCGACUAUAUCAAUUUGAGAGACUACUGGAGGAUCUGGAACCAGCUCUCUACUGCCAUCUACGAAGACGGAAAGUAGAUCCACAAUUAUAUGCAACGCAAUGGUUCUUGACCUUGUUCGCUCAUCGCUUCCCGCUGCAACUGGUCUUACGAGUCUACGAUUUGAUCUUCAGCGAGGGUCUGACAGCCAUCUUAAAGUUCGGCAUCGUUCUCAUGCAGAGGAAUCGUGAAGCAUUACUGGCCAUGAAGGACAUGAGCCAGCUUUCCGCUUUUCUCAAAGAGAAGAUCUUCGACGUCUACAUCGACAAAUCACCCUCCGCAUCAUCACUACUCGACUCGGGAUUCUUCGGCUCCGUCACUGGCGGAGCAGACAAGGAGUUAUAUCGAGCGGACGAAAUGGUGCGGGAUGCUUGUGAGGUCAAUGUCACUGAGGCACAACUGGCACAAUAUACCUCCGAAUGGGAAGACCAACAACGCACCGAUCGCGAACGCACUGAAGAGCUCGAAAGCUUACGAAGUUCAAGCACUGCAAUGACUAGCCGUGUCAAAAGCCUAGAAGACCGCACCCAACAACAGGAUUACGAACACGUCUCUAUGGCUGGCGAGCUCGUUAGAGCAAAGAUGCAGCUUGAUGAAGUCAUGGAUGAGAAUGAAGGUCUCAAGAUGAAAGUGCAGGAACUCCAGAAGAUGGUUGAAUCGCAGCCGGCGGAAGUGGAAGAGAAGUUGAAGGAGGAGAUGGAGAGGAUAAUGGCGCGGAACUUGGAGGUGCAGAAUGAGAAUCGGAUGUUACAUGAAGAGCAGGAGGAUAUGGAGCGCGAGUUGGUGGGGGCUAAGAUGGCUUUGGCGCAGGCACAAUCUGAUCGCGACGAAGUGCAGCAGCGAUUUGCUAAUGUACAGGCUCUUAUUAAUGGAUAG